AACCGCCAAACGUAGCUGAGUGGCUGGGCCUGCGGCCCUCCCUGCACCCGCGGACGCUCCUCUCAGUCUUGGAGUCUCUUCGCCCAGGUGGCUGUGGAUCCGGUACGGGAGUUGCCGCCGCGGUCCAACUCCCCGCUGCCGCCCAGCGCAUCCGCUCGCAGGAGCGCCGGCGGCCAGCAGUGCGCUCUGCAGCAUGUCGCUACAUGCCUGGGAGUGGGAAGAGGACCCCGCAAGCAUAGAGCCCAUCUCCUCCAUCACUAGCUUUUACCAGUCCACGAGCGAGUGUGACGUGGAGGAACACCUGAAGGCCAAGGCCAGGGCCCAGGAGUCUGACUCUGACCGCCCGUGCAGCAGCAUCGAGUCCUCAUCUGAGCCUGCCAGCACUUUCAGCUCCGACGUGCCCCACGUGGUCCCCUGCAAAUUCACCAUCUCACUGGCCUUCCCUGUGAAUAUGGGUAGAAGGGAAAAUAUGCAAGUUUGAUUGAAAAAUAUAAGAAACACCCUAAAACAGACAGUUCUGUUACAAAGAUGCGUCGUUUUUACCACAUUGAGUAUUUCCUUCUGCCGGACGAUGAAGAACCUAAAAAAGUUGACAUAUUGCUAUUUCCAAUGGUGGCCAAAGUAUUCCUGGAGUCAGGAGUAAAGACUGUGAAGCCGUGGCACGAAGGUGACAAAGCCUGGGUGUCGUGGGAGCAGACUUUUAAUAUCAAUGUGACAAAGGAAUUAUUAAAGAAAAUAAAUUUCCACAAAAUCACCUUGAGGCUCUGGAACACUAAAGACAAGAUGUCAAGAAAAGUCAGAUAUUACCGAUUAAAGACUGCCGGCUUCACAGACGACGUGGGAGCUUUUCAUAAGUCAGAAGUGAGACAUUUGGUUUUAAAUCAGAGAAAAUUAUCUGAACAGGGCAUUGAGAAUACCAACAUUGUCAGAGAAGAGUCGAACCAGGAAUAUCCGCCAGGAAAACAAGAAAAAACAGAAAAACACCCAAAGUCUUUGCAAGGUUCUCACCAAGCAGAGCCCGAAACUUCUUCCAAGAACAGUGAGGAAUAUGAGAAGUCCCUCAAAAUGGACGAUUCUUCCACGAUUCAAUGGAAUGUUUCAAGAACACCAACCAUUUCUUUGGCAGGAGCAAGCACGAUGGAGAUCAAGGAAUUAAUUGAGAGUGAAUCACUUAGCAGCUUAACAAACAUAUUAGACAGACAAAGGUCUCAAAUUAAAGGGAAAGAUUCAGAGGGAAGAAGGAAAAUCCAGAGGAGACAUAAGAAGCCCCUGGCAGAAGAAGAGGCAGACCCCACGCUGACAGGCCCCAGGAAGCAGAGCGCUUUCUCCAUCCAGCUGGCCGUCAUGCCGCUCCUUGCCGGAUGGCAAACCAUCAUGAGUCGUGGCAGUGAGAAGUCUGCCAACAUUUUAGAUUGCCUUUUGACUUUAAAAACAGAAGUUCCGAUCAUGACCGAGGAGCAAAAGCAGGAUUUAAAUCCCCUGACCAUAAAGAUCAAGUGUGCUUCCUGCCUUCCAUCACAGCCUGUACCCAUUCAGGAACUAGAGAGGCUGUGCAUGCCUGUGUACUGCAAGUACCAGUUCCAUAAGACUCCAGUUCACAAGACCAAGGGGGAGCCCCAUGGAACCCACGUUUAUUUCCAGGACAUCAACGUCAUCUUCCUUGGGGCACUGCACCCCAGUGACCUAAGGGAAUACCUGGAGGGCCCCCCCAUGGUGGUGGAAGUUCACGACCGGGACCACAAGUCAGAGGAGUGUUCUCAAAAGUCCGUGCUGUUUGGGGAGGACCCUCUGGAUUCAUACCUCAACUUCCAGGCCCUCAUCUCUCCCCGAGAGACAGAGAACAACCCCUUUGAGUCCCAGAACAAGAUGUGGUACCCUUAUGGCAUCGCCCAGGUCAGUUUUGCUGACCUCCUCCUUGGCCACAAGUACUUGAAUCUGGCCGUCCCCAUCCACAGCUGUGAGGUUCAGCCCACACACUGCGGCCAGGACAGCAGGAGAAGGAAGGUUGUGGGGCUUGGGGUCCCCAGAGAUGGCCACCAGCACGGCCCAAUGCCCAGGGGCAACUACCUAGAGGCUGACUCCCAGCUCAAGUUGCGAGUGGACAUCGCGGUGCCACUAAGGGCCGGGGCCAGAGCUGCUGAUCCCGACCUCGGGGGUUCCCAGUUUGGCCGCAUCAUCUUCGUCUUUGACUUUAAGAAGGUCUCCCUGCUCCACAGCCUGCUGCAGGACAUCACCAUGAUCAACGCUAAGGCCCUCGGCCUGGACUCCUACCCUGUCAGGACCCUGCAGCAGAUCCUGUCAGCCUUCAAGGUGCGUGUGCGGGUCCAGGAGCAGCAGCACCUGGAUGUGCUCACUGGCUUCCACCUGCUGGACGGGAAGACACACCUUUUCAUCCUGGAAGGCCUGGCCGACCAAGGCUUGAGGCAGCUGUGGGAGAACCACCAAAGCUGGAUUCCCAGGUCAGAACACAGGAAAUACAAGGUGCUGUACAACUCACAGCUGCUGUUCCGCAGCCGGCUCUAUGGGGACCUGGAGGCCAUCCUGUACCACGUGCACCUCUUCCAGCCCACGGAGCUGCUGCUGCAGCAGGCGGUGUUCUUCCUGCGAGACACUGAGCGGAGGCGGGUCUUCCAGGCUCUAGCCAGGUGGGCAGUGGCAGCCCGCAUGUGGUCCUGCGCCCCAGCGGGAGGGGCACUUCUUAACACUCUGCACCCAAACAGGAUCCACGACAUCUGCUAUAACAGCACCACCCUCUGGGACGUGACGGUGAGGGACCUGCUGCCCUCCUCUGCUAUGAUAAAAGACUUGAGCCAAGAGUUUGGGAUGCCCCUUUCGCAAGAAGAACUCACAGAUGAGAAACUGUUUGCCCUACCACCUCAGCCUGCCCCCAAUCUUGAGGACUACCACAGUCGGAACUCCACCCUCACCUUAGAGAUCCACGCCCACCAGGAGAAGUACCUGCAGUGGCGGAGUGCCAUGCUGCUGAAGAACAAAGACAAAAAGCACAGUUUCAUCCAGAAAAAUAUCACAGAAGCCUACCAGGUCAGCAAGAAGCCUCCGAAGUCCGUGGCGAAGGUGAUUAAAAUUUCAGCCCCUGCCAACAAGGCCGUCUACAACUAUAGUACCCAGACCAUGAAUUCUACAGAGCUUGCCAAGAAGGAGCUGUAUCAAGAGAUGGCCAAGGAGCCAAGAAAGAGAUUCACGUACUCACAGGAUUACCUCUCAGCCAUGGUGGAGCCCCUGGACUUGAAGGAAGAGGAGAAGAAAGCCCAGAAGAAAUCCCGCCAGGCCUGGCUCACAGCCAGGGGAUUCCAAGUGACAGGUCUUCAGAGCGACACCGAAAGCAGCUUUCAGGAUCUCAAGCUGCCACCCAUCAAAGAGCUGAAUGAGGAGUGGAAGGAAAACUCCCUGUUUGCUAAUGUACUGGAGCCUGUGUUGGAUCGAGACAGGUGGAGCUGGGACAGGCACCACGUGGACUUUGAUCUGUACAAGAAACCACCACCUUUCCUCGAGCUGCCCCCUUCGCCCGCACCAAAGCCUGUAACAGGUAACAGGCAAGGGUUUGCCAAGCUGGGCCUCCUGAUGCCGUGGGCAGGCAGGAGCUCUGUGCCACUCUACAUCUUCAGUGGUAUCCAUUUUGUUUACACUAUCAACCAAACUUUCUAUGCUAAGAAAAGCAAGAUGCAGAAUGGGUCUGAAAGAAGAGAUUGAAUGCUGGGCUGGAACUCAGACCAGGAUUCUAGCCCCAAAUGUGACAUUUGUGUGACUUGAGGCAAAUCCCUUCAUGCCCUGGGUCUGGUUUCUUGGCUAUAAAGUGGGGAAGUUGGAAGACAGGUCUAAAGGCUUCCUGAGCUUCAACACUAUUACCCAUGACUGAUCUCUAGGUGUCCAGCCAAGAGCUGGGGGCAGAGGCUCUGGGCUUCACUGGGACCUUCCAGUGGCAAAGAUACUGACAGUUCUUUCUGUGGGGGAAAGGCAGAGACAGGAAACGUAGGUCUUGCUGUACCAGUCCCUCCAAGUCCUCUUCCUCUUUAUCCCUGUUUAUGAAAAUUGAUCUCAGGAUCAUCUAGAGGUUAACAUAGAACCCAAACUUGGUUAACAGAGCCAGAACCUUUGUUCAGGGAGAAAGAGACAUGAGCCUAUCUAAAAACAAGGUCUGCCAGAGAAACCUCUCCCAGAAAACUAGGUCAGGUGAACGUGAUGGCUUCCUCUCCUCCUCGACUCCUAAGGACAACUGAUCACAGCUCCAUGGAAGUGCUAACAAGUUUGCUGAAAUGUCACUUUCUCCAUUUGCCUAGACUUGGCUCCCUCCCUCCCCAGUAGGCCCUAGAUCUCCCAGGUUGCCUGAAGAGACCUGCUCUCUGUGGGCAUGUCCCAGGCCCACAGUUACUGCUGUGGCUCUCAAGAAGGCUCCAGCUAGGAGAGCUGUCUAGCCUAAGAACACAAGGCUUUUCCUUGGUAAGAAGGCUUCCUAGUGAGCUCCACUGCCAGCCUUCCCAGCAAAAGUCUCCUGGGGGUUUCACUGGUGAAAUCACUUAAGAAACACUUGCUGGGGUCUCCUCUUCCCACAACAUGUUUAAGAAAAGUUAGCAACUACAGAUGAGAGGGAGAGGCUUGAACUGGUCGCUAGGCCUUUUCAACCCAGAUGGAUGAAUGGAGAACUUGCCAUUCUCCAUUGGCAUGUAAGACUGAGGCCUUACACGCCACCAGCCUAGAGUGAAGCCCCCUUCCAGAAGGCUGCACAGAAGGGGGAUGGGUCUGACAGCCCCUCCCCAAACUUCUCCUGUGCAAAGAAACUCCAAGCAGCCUUCUGUUCAGAGGUAUGCAUGCUUCAUUUUGUGCAAAAUGCUGCCCUGCUAUCACUAACAGAACUUCAGGUUUCACUGAGAGGUUAUUUACACGGUCACAAUAUUUACAAACUUUCCCCAUUUUAAAAACUAGUUACCAAACCCCUGGCAGAAUGCUCAGGCCAGCCCCACUCAGCCAGCUCAGCUCUCCAAGUUCCCAGUCUCCUCCUUGCCUAUUUCCAGCAUCACAGUAAAUUGGGAAUAUACUUGGAGGAAAAAGAGUCGGCUGCCUUCUGUGUGCUCAAGGGAGUGUCCACAAUAGGCAUUUUAGAGCUCCAGACCACCCAAGGACCACAUCAAAGCUUAAAGUUCACCACAGUGAGCACGCUGGGACCUGGUGUAAUCUUUCAAGUGCCAGCAGAAGGGAGGCUGGAGAAAUGCAAAGGCCUGCUGGCCUGGAGAUACCAUUCAUCCUCUCCUCAAGAGUAGAAGCCAGUUCUUGUAAAGAAACUAAAGUCCCUAGGUAGGAACAUCAGCUGAGACAGCCUCCCCAUCAUCUCCUGAGAAGGAUAAAAACUAAGGGCUCAUAACCCCAAGGGAUUGUGGCCUGCACUGUGUGUCUGCUCCUUAGCGUUCUGGGCCCUCCUUGCAGGGUGAGGA